AUGGCGGUUCAGACGCGCAUCGCCACCACAUCCUCAAUCGCGUUGAGAGCGGUCUCGUACCUCUUUCUGCGAUGGUUCCCCGGCCCAGCUGCUGUGCCCAUGAGCAUAUUCGCACUCUUUGCAGUCUUUGUGCCUUCCUUCGUAUCUGGGUACAUUAAUGAGCCAAAGUACGAUGUCGUGGAGGACGACGUGGACGUGACGGUCAAAGAGACUGUUACCGAGGAUGUCGGCGGCGCCACCAACGGCCAUGUCGUUGCUGAAGAGAUCCGGGUCGAAGAGACUAUCGUCGUUACAGAAAAGUCCAGUCCACUAAAGACGCUCCUGGCGGGAACACCGAGCUCGACCAGCCCUAUUCUUUCCAUCUUGACCUUCCUGAUCAACUUGGCCUUGGUCGCAAUGACGGCCGACUUCUUAUUCCGCGUUCGACAGUACCAUCCGGUCGACGACCUCUCCUUUGUGCGUCUUGGCUAUGUCUCUCCGACAGAGGCAAAAUUCGUCAUUCGCGAACCCGACCAGGCCAAGAUGCCCGUUACGCUCGAGAUUCACAUCAAGGACCCGCAGCCACCCUUUGACAACCCCAUGUGGCAGCUUGGUGGCGGGCUGAGAUUCACCGACAACACGACCGACUUUGCGACAACCUUGACCGUGCCCCUGAAGCACUCCCAGCAGAGAGUUUAUGAGUGGCGCACGUCCAACAACCACAGCGGCGAGUUCGUGGCCCCGCCUAGAGCUGGGCAGAUGUCGACCUUUAACGACAACAAGUUCACCUUCUUGUCGACUUCGUGCAUCCUGCCACGCUUUCCGUAUAACCCCUUGGAGCACGCCCUGGCGAUUCCCGGCAUGCGCCAUUUGGCGAGGGUCUUACCUAGUCUGCAGGCGCAGUUCAUGCUCUUCUUGGGCGAUUUCAUCUACAUUGACGUACCCAAACGCCAGGGCAAGAAUGAGGAGGACUACCGCCAAAAGUACCGUCACGUCUACGCCUCGCCGGACUGGGCACCCGUAGGACAGAAUCUCAGCUGGAUUCACGUUCUUGAUGACCAUGAAAUCGGCAACGACUGGUCGUCAAACACCACUGGCGUGUACCGGGCCGCAAUCGAGCCGUGGCACCACUACCAGGAGCUGGCCAACCCGCCUCCCGCUCGCGUUGCCGGGACCACAAACCUCCGCAGACAGGGCGCCACCUACUUUGAGUUUGUCCAGGGCCCCGCGAGCUUCUUCAUGCUCGACACGCGCUCGUACCGAUCCGACAAUGACGUUCCUUCCGACAGCCCGGAGAAGACGAUGCUGGGUGCUGAGCAGCUGGAGGACUUCCUCGCCUGGCUGAACCGGCCUGAGCCCAAGGGGGUCAAAUGGAAGAUUGUUGCCUCGUCGAUUCCCCUGACCAAGAACUGGCCCAUCAACCGCAAGGAUACGUGGGGAGGUUUCCUGGUGGAGCGUCGCAAGAUUUUGGAGGCCAUGUGGGAUGCUGGCGCCAGGGGCGUUGGUGUUGUCGUCGUCUCUGGCGAUCGCCACGAGUUUGCGGCCACCAAGUUUCCCCCUCCCGCCGAUGGAAGAUGGCCUGAGAGCGCCGCCGCAUACGAGUUCUCGUGCAGUCCGCUGAACCAAUUUGCAUCACCGUUGCCAAGCUACAGACAGACCGACAACGAGGAUGUGUCUCUCAAGUACAUCCACUCUGGCAACUCCAAGUUUGGCUCUUUGACCAUUGAGAACCUAGCGGAGGGCGAGCAGAGCUCUCUCAAGUACAACCUAUACAUUGACGGCGAGAUCGUUUGGAACACGAUCAUCCUGUCACCCCCGGUCGAAAAGGCCCCCAGCUCGUUUUGGGAUAAGUUGAAGGGAAACUAG